AUGGUCGCUGAACGCUAUGUGGCGUUGUGGAAAUGUAACACCUACGAAGCUUUUGGGAAGCUGUUGGGAAUGGCUUUUGCAGCAAUCUCGGUUGCCGUGGCCUUUGCUGCUACGGCGUGGGUCGUGCGGAGAGAAGAGUAUACGGAAGCA